AUGGCCGCCGUCGCCGGUCUGCAACUCUCCGCUCCGGUCCACGGCCACGCCUCCGUAAGCUCCGCCAGCUCAGCUCUCUUCAAGGCGUUCCCGCUCACAUUUCCGUUCUCCUCUCCCUCCGGAAGAGCGUCGUUUUCUCGGAAACAACUCGUCGUUUUUGCUCGCAAGCUUUCCGGCUUGGAAGAGGCCAUGAGAAUCAAAAGAAUGCGCGAGAGUAAGGUUAUGACAAAGGGUAAGAGAAGGGUGCCAUUGAAGCGUGGGAGGGUGUCUCCGACGCUUCCUGUUCCAGAUGACAUUCCAAGGCCUCCUUAUGCAGCUACAUCUAUACUGCCAGAAAUUGCCAGUGAGUAUCAGUUUCCUGGUUUGGAAGGUAUUGCCGCCAUGAGAGCUGCAUGUGAACUUGCUGCUCGCGUCUUAGACAACGCGGGAAAGUUAGUUAGGCCUUCGGUAACCACUAAUGAAAUUGACAAAGCAGUGCACCAGAUGAUUAUUGAUGCUGGUGCUUAUCCCUCACCUCUUGGCUAUGGAGGAUUUCCAAAGAGUGUAUGCACAUCUGUUAAUGAGUGCAUGUGCCAUGGAAUACCUGAUUCUCGUCAGUUACAGGAUGGAGACAUCAUAAACAUAGAUGUUACUGUCUACCUAAAUGGAUACCAUGGAGACACCUCAAAGACAUUUCUUUGUGGGGAGGUCAGUGAUAGUAUGCAACGCCUAGUGAAGGUAACGGAAGAGUGCUUGGAAAGAGGCAUAGCAGUUUGCAAGGAUGGUGCUAGCUUCAAGAAGAUUGGAAAGAGAAUUAGUGAACAUGCUGAAAAAUUUGGUUAUGGCGUGGUAGAGCGUUUUGUUGGGCAUGGUGUGGGUACCGUAUUUCAUUCUGAACCAUUGAUAUUACAUCACCGUAAUGACCAGUCUGGUAGCAUGGUUGAGGGUCAAACUUUUACUAUCGAACCCAUUCUUACUAUGGGAAGCAUCGAGUGCGUAACAUGGCCAGACAACUGGACAACUCUAACCGCCGAUGGUAGCCCUGCAGCGCAGUUUGAGCAUACCAUUCUGAUUACUAGAACUGGCGCUGAAAUUUUAACGACAUGUUGAUAUGGUCUUUUGGCCGGUUAGUAAAACACCAGCAACAUUGUGGAUAUUGAAAUGCAGCCCCAAAUUCCAUUGCUCACCGUCCAAGUUUCCACACGUGCUUCUUCCGGUCAGAUCUUCGGUGUAUAUAUAAUUACAGCGCCGGUGAAUUUUCCCACCUGAAUCAGGCACCCCAGUCAAACCUUCGAAACAUUCAAGCCCGAUUGCCUAUUUUGUUGUUUGCUAUGGCAUUAUGUGGUGGUGUAGCUGAGAAUGCUGGACAUUUAGAUUGGUCAAUAUAAUUCUUAAAAAGAACAUAGACAUUUCAGAGACUUUGGAAAGUAGCUCUAGUGAGAUUGGGAAAGUCGCAACAUAGCUCAUUUUUCUUUGGAAAAGACCUAGAAAAAUCCACGUGGGAAACACUAUACUACCGACCACGUCCCCCCUUUUCUUUCAAUUUUUCAUUUUAGACUACCACGUGUUCGGUGUUCAACACCAUUAUUCUAAGAAUCAUCCUUAUUAUAUAACCCCCACUUCCCCAUUCAAUAUAUCCAUCAUCUUCAACCUCUUGAAUUUCCAGAUCAAAAUCUUAGAAACUCCCUUAUACUCCUGUUCUGUU